AUGCUAAAGAAACCACUGUCUGAAGUACAAUCACUAUCUCACACGACGCCUGAGCCACCUAAAGAGCCGCCAAAAACGCAGAAAGAGGAAACAUUUGCCAAAGCCCGUAUAAUCUUCGGCUCCACAACUGCAUUGGAAGAACGUAAACAGGAAAUUUUGAACUCCUCUCAAAAUAUUGCUGGUGUAUUAGUCCCCCCACGACCCGAAGAACCGGAUAACUGCUGCAUGUCCGGAUGCGUGAAUUGUGUGUGGGACAUGUACCGGGACGAGAUGGAAGAGUGGGCAGAGAAGAGCGCCCAAGCAAGAGCGGCGAUGCAGGCCCAAAGACAGGAAGGAAAAGGGACAGGGAGUAUGGUGGCGGGAGACAAGUCGCCGAGUCACGUUGCUACGAGCAUGGAUGACGAUGGUGGUGGCAGUGAAACGAAUUGGGACACUGGGUUCGAUGAUGCGGAUAAAGACAAGCUGUUCGACGACAUACCUGUGGGCAUUCGAGAGUUCAUGAGGACGGAGAAGAAGUUGAAGCAGGCACAAAAGAAGGCGGAAGCCGCUGCAGCAGCAUAA